AAGUAGCCGUUGCAUAUAUCAUGUGCCAGGUGGCGAACGGACAGCACGUCAUGGCCGGCCAGACGCCUCGGCAUCGGUCGAAGACGCACGAGACGUGCGCUCUGAUCGCAGGAAUAUAAGGUCGAGCGUCUCUCCGCAGCUCUUGUCCCAGCUUCUAGGGUUUCUUCCGUUUCUCCCAUCACUCGUACACCGAGGAACCAUCUUCAUUUAUUGCACCUAUUCCACGGUUGGAACAAUGGACAGAACAACACGAACACUGAUGGCAUUGGUCCUCCUGCUGUUGGUGGCCGUGGUCCACGCACAGCGGUUCGGGGGAUACUACGGCCCGAACACCAACGGCAACGGCGCACCCGGCUCCGGCUACGGGCCCGUUGGAAACCCUGGCUCGAGGCCCGGCAACGUCGGCGGCAGCGGCGGUUUUGACAUCAACGAGGUCACGCGGGUGCGGGCCAUGCACGGCAUCAUCGCGGCCAUCGCCAUGGUCGCCCUGUUCCCGAGCGGCGCCAUCCUCGCGCGCCUCGUCCCCGGCCGCGCGGGACUGUGGCUCCAUUCCCUGGCCCAGCUCGUCGCCCUCGCUAUGCUGGUCGCGGCUGUCGCGUUGGGUAUUCAUCUGGUGAAGCAGGUGCAGGUGGGCACUGGUAGGGACUUGAUGGGUGAUUCGAACCCCAACUACCACUUCAUCAUCGGUAUCGUCGUCAUGGCGUGUCUGGCUCUCCAGCCAGCGUUCGGGCUCCUCCACCACGAACGCUUCAAGAUCCUCAGGCGUCGACAGCUUUGGUCCUACGUGCACCUGAUCAACGGCCGUGUGUUCAUCACGCUCGGCAUCGUGAAUGGCGCGUUGGGGCUGUGGAUUGCUGGAGCUUCGAACCAGCUUAAAAUUGCGUAUGUUACGGCGGCGGUAGUCAUGUGGGGGCUGUGGAUGUGGGUGGCGGGAUGGAGGGAGUAUCAGAUCUGGAGAGACAACGCGGCGAGACCUGCCCUUGGCGUCACCGGCGACAUGACCUCGGAUGAAGUUGAGAGAUUUGGGACCCCGCGCCCUCCGGCAGCGGCCGACAAGUGCCCCGAGGAUGCUGUUGCCGACUUGCUGACCCUCAUCAUCACCACGUCGCCAACCCCUUCGGCGCCCUCGACAGACUUGAUCUCCCAGAUUCUCGCUUCAUUCCGUGAAUUCUGUCCCGACUUGACCCGGUGUAAAGUCAUCCUGGUGCUCGACACGUACGACCACAUCAGCUCGACUGCACGGCUCAAGAAAGGCCAUGUCACGACAGAGGGCGCUGCAAACUAUUCCGAGUACAGGGAUAACGCGAAGCGGCUCAUCCUCGAGGAAUACGCGCCCGGCAGGGAGAGCCACCGCUUACAGGACCUGGUGGAAGACUAUGACGAGGCCGAGUACGGCUCCACCGCCUACGCACAACAGACGAACGCGGUGCCGCUCGCAAUCACCAAGACUGAGGAUGAGCGUAUCAUCUUCGUCGAGCCCCUCCAGCGCCUCGGUUUUGGGCUCGCCGUGCGCUCAGCCCUCAGGCUGACGAGAACACCCUAUGUCUGGAUCCAGCAGCACGAUUGGGCCUUGGUGUCGGACAUUCCCCUGCGCCCGCUCCUCGCCACUAUGAAGCAGCAUUUACAACCCGGCGCUGAUGGCUUGGGUGAUGUCGAGAUCGCCAAGGUGCCAAUCAAAUACGUCUGCUUUCCUUCGGUUCGGAUGCUCGAGUAUGCCAAGUCCGACCAUGUCAUGCAGUUCCCGGCCCUGCGCGCCCUGACCAACCUGCACAAGCAGAACUUUACCGUCAAGUCAGACGAUGGAAGCACGGCCAAGGUUCCGCUCACCCCUCUCUUCUUCUGGCACGACAAGCCUCACGUCGCCGAGACGGAACACUAUCUCGCCCAGCUGUUCCCGGACCGCGCUGCGCUGCCCCGGGGCGCCUUCAUCGAGGAUACCAUCGGCCACCGUGCGAGGACAGAAAUGAAGGACGGCCAAUGGAGGAAAUGGGCCUGCUGGCUGUACUACCCGGACGAGGGGAAGCGGCUUUGCAUGAGGCAUCUCAAGGGAAGGACCUGGCGGGGAGCCGAGGGCGAGCUGGCCCAGAAGCUGGAGUACAUGCGGCUGAAUCAAGGGGGUAAAGUGCUUAAUGUGAGAGUUGAGGAGUAA